GGGUUGUUGCCCUAGCUGUGGCUUAACACCAUCACAAAAGUAUUUGGAGCUUGUGGGCACUCACAAUUUAUAUAAAGCUUCAAGGAUUUUUGUAUUUAAGAGUAUUUAUAUUAAUUGUUCUAGUUCAUUAAUUUGUCUAAGCACUUCAGAGUUAAUUGCUACGGCCUAAGUCCUAUAAUAAAAUGAGCGGAAAGAUCUCAGUGUGAAAUUUUUGCACCCCCAGAUAUAGGUAUGUUAUUACUAGUUAAAAAAAAAAAAAGUACUUGAGUUGUCUGGAUAUAUUUAUAGUAACACUCUUAGUUUUGCAAUACAAAGUGUUAGUUCCUUUAAAAUUUAGCAACUAGGACUAUGUCCACAUUGUAUUGCAGCAUUUUAAACAUUCCGAACUACUUGGGUUACCAGUAGCCAAGAGGAUAUAACCACUAGGGCUUCAACACAACGUGAUCAAGUCUGUGAGGGACCCUGAGGACUGAGACAGAUGAAGUACCCCCUGCCACUGGUGCUGAUGGUAGUGUUAUCUGAGCUAGCUUGGGUAGCCUGUCCCUGCUGCAGUCACAACUCCUGCAAAUUCUUGCCUUUGCUCCAAGAGCACGCAGAUAUUUUAAUCCUGUAGUUUCUUGUGCAAUAGUAAAAAUGCUAAAACACUUUGUAACAGAAUUUUUUUCUUUUCAGAUUCAGUAUCUAAGGAAAGUUUUGAUAGCAGUUACUGGGAUUCAUUCAUUAUGGCAGAUUCCUAACUUCAGCCGAGCUUGGCGAACUGUAAUUCUGGCUCCAUUCCUUGCAGCUUCAUGUCCACCAAAUCCAAAGCAGUUGGAGGCAUGCUGUGAAUGCUUUGUUACUCUACUGAAGUGUCCUGUCCUAGCUGAUCUAGAUGUGAUUGGAAUUGCAAAGCAAUAUGCACAGUUGGACCUUCCAGCUUUUGCUCUAGGAUGCCUGUUGCUGAUUCCUCAGCCUGAGAAGAGAGAACAACAGAUUCAGGGUUUCCUGUCCUCGUCUAACCCAGAAGCUAUUCUACAACAAGUAGACGAAUGCAUGAACACGGGUGAAGUAGCAGGAUUUGCAUCACAGAUUAGAUGUUUGAUUCUGGACAACAUUAUACAUGAGAAACAAUACGAAAAGUUUUCAAAAUCUAAAUACUUCCCAUUAUUAAAGCUACAAGUCAUGAACAAUAACAGAGUGAAAGAACUGGUGGAGUACCUCCUCAGUAAGAACUGCGCAGAUGAUGCUGCAGCCCUGGUAACAGAAUAUCAAGAGAGAUGUGGAAAUUCUAUACCAGCAGACUUGUUGCCUUGUGAUAUUCUGAAGAUGUUUUUGAGUACACCACAGUAGACCGUCACACUCCCUUACUAGAAACAGCCAUUCAAGGAUCAAAAACUUGAUGUACAUCUCUUCUCUCCCAGUGCCACGAUGAUAUCUCAAAGUGGAAAUGGAAUCAAAGUCUUCGUGCUAUUACUUGCCUUUCUUUUUUAAUUGGUAGUGGCUAAUACUUACUAAGCACACGAUUUGAAUGUGCUGUUCCACAUGGAAUUCUAGGCUUCACUUACAGCACAACUCUUUUGCUCCCCACUAUAAAAUAAGUCCAACAUUCUAAGAUUAAAACAACUUCAAAUUUAGCUAGAGCUAACUUGAAGUCAGUGUUGUAGCUAAAUACAAAUGUCAAGGUUUAUCCUUGAAAGUCUUCCUUGGAUAAAUUAAUUUUUAUAUAACUAUGUAAAGGUUUUAUAAACAUGACUGUAAAUAUCAGUGUAUCUUAUGUAAAACAUAUUUUGUAAACUAAUCUUAAAUUUGGAUUCCUCCAUGGGCACAAAUAAAACUGAUUUAAGUAAAAAGUUUGGACGUAUUUAAUCAACUUUGUAGCAUAACCAAAUUAGCCAUAGAUGAACUUUUCUAAUGGAAACUAAUAUUCCAUUUUUUUCCUUUUUUGACCACCCCAAAACACUCAUUUAUAUAAUAAGGUAAGGUAACCACUCAUAAUCAGCAAAAAGAACAUUGCGCAUGACUUGAUUUAUUUAAACUUUCCUCCCAUUUUUAAGUUAGUCUUUGACACUGUUCCAUUGAGAUAUGGCUACAUGGGUUAAAUGUUCCAAAAAAAGCAGAGCAUCUCACUAGACUAGAAAUGAAAUACUAGCAGAGUACAUUUAAAAACAACACAACACAGGUAAACAUAAGAAGCCAGGUUGAUUUGUACUUUUUAAAAACCUAAUUACCAAUGUUCUAGUGGUACAGUGAAAACAUCUGUAACAAUAACCAGAUGGCCUUUUAAUCUGUUUUGAUCACUUUCUACUUUUCAGUAUCAGUAAAUUGCAUGAUAUGCAGUUAACUACGGGACUGGGUUUAAUAAGCAUUACUUCCAGAGUGGGAAGAAAGCUGGACAACCAGCUCUUACACCAUACUAAACAGUCUGAGAGUAUUCUGCAAGAGGAAUAUCCCUUUCUAAGGUAAUUGUAGUACAGAGUGAGAUCAGCAUCUUUUAGAGAAGCACAUGCUCUCUCUCUAAAGCUGGAGAGAGAGAGCAAGCCAUAUGCUGGAGCUUACAAACCACUAUGAGAAGCCUCAGAGAUGUCCGCUGUUCUGUAGAAACUAAGAAGAGUGGUUGUGAUGCAAGAGGUGCGUCUGGGGGUCCAUUUCUUACUGGACUAGCUAGCACAGAGAAGGCAGGUAUGCACAACAGGAACUGCUAGUAUGUGGUGCCAAGGUUACAUGUAGCUAAAAAUGGGAAAGUAAGUCCUGGUCCUCUUAUCCUAAUAGAGGAUUUAGAAAGCAAAACAAAGAUCUUCAGACUUUUGAAGAGGUGUCCAAUUAAACUAAGCCAUCUAAACUUACUGUCCAUAAAAUGGACCAUUUCUAUUUUAUAACUUCAGGAGCAAAUGGAAUCAAAAUAAAAAAUGUUACCUCUCCUUCAUGCCUGUGGUAAGCAAACAGGAACUAGUCAAAUUAACUGUUCUGUCAAUGACCGUUAACUUGGCAUAUACUACAAAAUUGCAUUUGCAGCACUCCAGUAAUUUUAGAGAACAGAGCUAUUUCACAAACAAAAUCUUGAACAUGUUUUUAAAUGUUAUCCUAGAAGUUCUUUGUUUAUACUCGCUUCUUGUUCAGAUGAACAUCUGUUCAAGGAGAAGCUAAGCACCAAAUGUGUGUUUAAGGUAAAGACUGUGUGGCUCACAUAGCUGAACCUUUUUAUGAAAGGUAACCAUUGAGGUUAACAUCUUUUCUGGAAAUAAAGUUUCCGAAUCGCAUUAAAUACGAAGGUUCUGUAAACAUCUUUAUCAAAACAGUACUACCUG